AUGCACGCCGCAAGCUACGACGACGUUACCGAAUUUGUGGGAGAAUGGGGACAUUUUCAAAAACGGAUCAUGUUGCUCAUCUGUUUAAGCAUAGUUCCUAACGGGUUGACAUGUUUUUCCGUCGUAUUCCUUGCUGACACGCCUCCGCACCACUGCUUGAUACCCCCAAACGCCAAUAUUAGCGCCGAAUGGAGAAACUAUUCUAUUCCACUGGAAGAAGAUGAUGGGGAGAUGCGAUACAGCAAAUGCACCCGAUACAAACUGGACGUAAUAAAGUGUCUUUCAGACAACGGGUCCGUGCCUGGAAUCCACGUGAAUGUUCCUGAAAUAGAACAAGAAAGCUGUCAGGAUGGGUGGGAAUACGACAGAGACAUAUAUGUUUCCACUAUCGUGUCCGAGUGGGAUCUGGUGUGUACUGAUGCAUGGAAGGUCCCCAUUACCUCUUCUUUGUAUUUCUUUGGUGUGUUAACUGGAUGCUUCAUUUCUGGACAAUUGUCUGACAGGUUUGGGAGGAAAAUCAUUCUGUUUGCAACAAUGGCAGUUCAGACUUUGUUCGCAUUCUUCCAGACUUUCUCCACAUCCUGGCUAAUGUUCUCUGCACUUUUCUUUGUCGUUGGGAUGGGAGAAACUUCCAACUAUCUGAUAGCAUUUGUCUUAGGUACAGAAAUUUUGAGUCCAAGUACUCGGAUGGUAUUCUCCACUGUGGGGGUGUGCAUAUCUUUCUCCAUCGGCUACAUGAUGAUUCCGCUGAUGGCCUUCUUCAUCAGAGACUGGAGAAUGCUCUCUCUGUACUACUUUUCCCUCAAAUUAGCCCUGCAAGUGCACAGAUGUUGGGUAGAAAACAAGAUGAAAAGCUGUAAACACUACAACAUCUGUGAUCUGGUGCAGUCCGUCAACAUCCGCUGGAUCACGAGCAUACUGAGCUUUGUGUGGGUGAUAGUGACCAUUGGGUACUUCGCCUUAUCAUUGAACACCUCCAAUCUGCACGGGGACCAUUUUUUAAACUUUUUCUUCUCUGCGGCUGUUGAAGUCCCAGCCUACAUUUUGUCCUGGCCCCUAUUUCGCUCUUGUCCAAGACGACUGUGUCUCUCUCCCAUGCUGGUCUUCGGUGGAGCGGUACUACUGGUCACACGGCUCAUACCAAGAGAUUUGAGUUCAGUAUGUACUGCACUGGAAAUGAUGGGGAAAUUUGGGGUGACGCUGGCUUUCACUCUCGUGUAUGCCUACACACCGGAGCUGUACCCCACCGUCCUGAGGAACACAGCGAUGGGCACCUGCUCCACGGCCGCUCGGCUGGGCAGCAUUGCCGCGCCCUACUUCGUCUAUCUGGGAACAUAUUACAAGUCCUUGCCAUACAUAUUAAUGGGGAGCCUCAGUGUUUUGGGGGGGUUGGUUAGCCUCCUGCUUCCUGAGACCUAUGGUAUGCCUCUCCCAGAGACCAUCGAUCACAUGCAGACUAUUCAAAGAUUUGAGGUCGGUAUCUACUGCACGGGAGACGACGGGGAGAUUUUGGAUCACACUGGUUUUCACCUUCUGACUACCCUACAUGUUGGAGCUGUACCCCACAGUCCUGAGGACCAUCGCAAUGGCCGCCUGCUCCACACCACAACAAUACGCUUUAGCAUGACCCACCUUGUAGCCCAGAAGAAAUACAAGCUGGCUGGUGCUAGAACAGUGGUUCAUUGA